AUGGUACAGACGCAAUUCUGUAAGAAGGUCAAGUUCGUGCGACACGACGGAGCUCGCGAGUUUGCAACCAACUCGCUUCAACUGUUCUACGAAGACGAAGGCAUUGAACAGCAGACAACGGUGCCGUAUGCACAUCAAACAAACGGAACAGCAGAGCGUGCCAUUAGGACUAUUUUCACGAUCGGCCGCAGCAUGCUUCAUCAUGCCAAACUGGACAAAUGUUUCUGGGCCGAAGCAGCGAUGACGGCCAUCUACGUCAAGAAUCGACUGCCGUCACCUAAAGUCGUGCACAAGGCCCCGUUUGAGAUCGUCUACAACUUGAAACCAAGCGUCAAGCACAUGCGAACAUUCGGGUGUCAGACAUACAUACUGACGCCUAAAGAGAAGCGACUCAAGUGGGAUCUCAAGGCUCGCGCUGGCAUAUUCGUGGGCUACGAAGAAGUGUCCAAGGCAUAUCGUGUAUUUGACAUCGAGGAGGGGCGGGUUGUUGUCAGUCGGGAUGUUAACUUCGACGAGUCCACCUUUGGACUUCAACUGCCGAUCACUGAUGAAGAUGUCGAUGACCUGGACUUCGAAUUGCUGGAUCUUGAUGACGAAGAGCUGCGUCAAAUGGAGUACAAGCAAACAGGCAAGCGCAAGAACCGACUCAAUGAUGAAGAUACAGCAGCUCCACGACCGCGUGCAGUGCGUCAACGACCAGGACUAGAAGAGUCAAGCGCGCCGGAAAACAACUCGUCACGCGAAGAAGAAGACGAAGAAACGAAGGAUUCUGGUGAUUCAACACCGCCUGUGUUUUGGCGUACGAGUGCAAAUGCUGUUGAAGCAGCAGUGGAGUUGUCGGAACCGUCGACAUUUGAAGCAGCAGUAAGCGGCCCUGACCAAGUGCACUGGAGAAAAGCAAUUCAUGCAGAGCUCGAGUCAAUGCGACUUCGCGGUGUGUUUCGUGCAGCCAAGCUACCCAACGGACAACGCGCCAUUGGCACAAAAUGGGUGUUCAAGAUCAAGCGCAAGGCGGAUGGGUCAAUCGAGAAGUACAAGGCACGACUUGUGGCCAAGGGUUUCCGCCAAAAGUAUGGCAUCGACUACACCGAGACGUUUUCGCCCGUGGUCAAGUAUGUGACGCUGCGAAUGGUGAUCGCAAUUUCCAAGCAUUUUGGAUGGCCCAUCGACCAGCUUGAUGUGGUGACAGCUUUCCUGUAUGGCGUCAUGAAGGAACAAGUGUUCUGCGUGAUUCCUGAAGGCGUCGAACUUGACAGUACGUUCGACUGCCUGGAAUUGGUGAAGUCAAUUUACGGCCUCAAGCAAGCGUCGCGAGUGUGGAACGAGACGUUCGACGAGUAUGUGUGCUCCAUCGGAUUUCAAGUAUCGGACUUCGACCCAUGUCUCUACAUCAAGACUUCGGACGGCCAUUGCGUGUUUAUACUGGUCUACGUGGACGACGUCUUGGUGACUGGAAGCUCGCUCGAGCUGAUUGCACAAACCAAGAACGACCUGAAGACGCGGUUCGAGAUGACGGACAGCGGCAAGUGUGCGUUUGUUCUUGGGAUCGAGCUUUUGGACGGUGAAGAUGGCAGUGUGACACUAUGUCAGCGUCGGUAUGUCGAUGAUAUCCUCAAGCGCUUUGGCAUGGAUGAUUGCAAGGCAGUCGCAAGUCCAGUCGACAUGAGCUCUCGACUUGUUUCAAGUGAUGCAACUACCAAGGUCGAUGCUCCUUUUCGCGAAGCUGUUGGUGCGUUGAUGCACCUGACCACUGCAACGCGUCCGGACAUUGCAUUUGCUGUGGGCUAUGUGUCGCGGUUCAUGGAAAAUCCCCAAGAAGAACACUGGGUUGCAGUUAAGCGUAUCUUUCGCUACCUACAAGGCACCAAGACGCAUGGAAUUUGCUACAAGCCAAGUGCAAGGAUCGACUUCCGUGGAUAUUCGGAUGCGGAUUGGGCUGGUGAUCUUACCGACCGCAAGUCAACAUCGGGGUACACGUUCAUGCUACUCGGUGCGCCAGUCAGUUGGGGCAGCAAGAAGCAGCCAAGUGUUUCGUUGUCCACGACUGAAGCUGAAUACAUCGCACUCAGCUUGGCGAUUCAAGAGGGCAAGUGGAUUCAUCGUCUGCUUUGUGAGAUCGUGAUGGCUGCCAAUGAAGAAGGACCGGAACUCAUGAUUCAUGAAGACAAUCAAUCGUGCAUCAAGAUGACGAAGAAUCCUGUCAACCAUGGCCGUGCCAAGCACAUUGACAUCAAGUACCAUCACAUCCGUGAUGAGGUCAAGCGCGGCGAAGUCAAGCUCAAGUACUGUGAAACUGCGGUGAUGUUAGCAGACAUCAUGACCAAGGCACUUCAUGGACCGCGUCACAAGGAGAUGACGACGGCUCUCGGGAUUCGUGAGCAUUCGGAUUGA